AGUCGUCUUAUCUCCAGUUGGUGGUGAGCUGAGGCUGUUCCUCAAUCUUCUGUUCUCUCAAAGACAGAUCACAGCGUAGCUACAAUGUCUGACACUGAGGAGUUUGUGGAGGAGUAUGACGAGGAGGAAGAAGAGGAAGAAGUUGAGGAAGAGGAGAACGUAGAGGAGGCCCCUGAAGUAGAGGAUAAUGAAAAUGAGGCAGAGGAAGAAGAAGAACAAGAAGAAGAAGAAGACUCCAAGCCCAAACCAAAGAUGUUUGUCCCAGCCAUUAUCCCUCCCAAGCUUCCUGAUGGCGAGAAGGUGGACUUUGAUGACCUCCAUCGCAAACGUGUCGAGAAGGACUUCAAUGAACUUCAGAGCCUCAUUGAGGCACACUUCACCAACAGGCAGAAAGAGGAAGAUGAGCUGGUGGCCCUGAAGACCCGCAUUGAGCGCAGACGUGCAGAUCGCGCCGAGCAGCAGCGCAUUCGAACCGAGCAGGAUCGCGAGAGACAGGCUCGUUUGGCUGAGGAAAGGGCACGGCGUGAGGAAGAGGCAGCUAAACUCCGGGCUGAGGAGGACGCCAAGAAGAAGAAACUCCUCGCUAAUAAGGGCUAUGGAGGCUAUCUGCAGAAGGUAGAACCGAAGAGGGGCAAGAAGCUGACAGAACGUGAGAAGAAGACGAAGGUACUCAUGGAACGCCGCAAACCGCUCAACAUCGACCACCUUAACCAAGAGAAACUGGCUGAAAAGGCCAGAGAUCUCUGGCAGUGGCUGCAGCAGCUCCAUGCUGAGAAGUUUGACCUGGGUGAGCAGCUGAAGAGGCAGAAGUAUGACAUCAAUGUGCUGCGCAACCGUGUCAGUGACCAUCAGAGGUACAGCAAGACAACCAAGACCACCAGGAAGUCCUGGAAGUAGAUAGUGUGGAUUAGGGAAUAUGAUGAUGUG